AUGAUCCUCCUAAGCUGGAACUGCCGGGGACUUGGGCACCCCCGGAAAGUUCGGGACCUUCACCAAAUGGUGAGGGAGAGACGGCCCACUUUUGUCUUUCUUAUGGAAACGAUUUGCUCCAAACAGCACAUGGAUAACAUUAGAAGAAGGCUUGGUUUUGACAGUAUUUUUGUGGUUGAUCCGGUUGGCAAGAGUGGGGGGCUUGCUUUUUUGUGGAGUUCGGAGUCCAAUCUAGAAGUGUAUAAUUAUUCCAGAAGACAUAUCAAUAUUGUUGUCAAGGAUGGGGAGAAUAAUCCUCUAUGGAAGCUCACGAGUUUUUAUGGCAAUCCUGAUCUAGCUAGAAGAGCUGAAUCGUGGGAGCUUUUGCAAUUCCUGAACACUUGCCAUCCGAUCCCUUGGUUAUGCGCGGGCGAUUUUAACGAAAUUGUAGAACAGGUGGAAAAGGAAGGUUAUAACCUUCGUAAGGAAUCCCAGAUGAAAGGUUUUCGGGAAGCUAUUGAAUUUUGCCGCUUAGGCGACUUGGGUUAUUUGGGAUCUAUGUAUACAUGGACCAAUCGGAGGGCAGAUGGAUCCUUCACCAGGGAACGAUUAGAUCGUGCUAUGGCUAAUCCAAAGUGGUGUAUUUUGUUCCCCUCUUUUUCUGAUUUGACUAUGGCGGCGAGAACGUCUGAUCACAGCCCUAUACUGGUCAGUUUUUCUCCUCGUCAGUUGGAUAGGCAGGGCCAGGGUCCGGUUAGAAGGGGCUUUAAAUUUGAAGCUAGCUGGAUGAGUGAUGUGGAAUGCGGGGAUGUUAUAAACGUAGCCUGGAGCAAUGGUAACAUUGAAGAAAUUCCCUCGGAAGGGAUUCAGAGGAGACUAUUAUCUUGUCAAAAAGCCUUGUUGAGCUGGAGCGAGCAGAAAUUUGGUAAGGAUCUGAAAUGGAAGCAAAGGGCUAAACAGCAUUGGCUUCGGUUAGGUGACCGGAACACAGCCUUUUUCCACUCAUGGGUUCAGCAUAGGAGGAAAACUAACUCCAUCAGGAGCGUUGCUGACGAGCAGGGCAGAAUAUGGAGGAAGAACAAAGACAUUGGCAGGGUGUUCCUAAGUUACUUUGAGGGGCUUUUCACCUCCCAAAGUACUGGUUUGGUGGAGGACUGUACAAAUCUGAUUGGCACCCGGGUUACCAAUGAAAUGAACAAUUGGCUUCUCCACAAUUUCUCUGAGGAGGAAGUUCAGAAGGCGCUUUUCCAGAUGCAUCCCCUUAAGUCCCCUGGCCCGGACAGUUAUCCGGCAAUCUUCUACCAGAAAAAUUGGUCCACGGUGGGCAGAGAUGUUUGUAAAGCUGUGUUGUUUUAUCUCAGGGAGGGACAGCUUGAUGAAGAGAUUAACAUGAUCAAUAUUGUUCUUAUCCCUAAGGUAAGCUCACCUUCUAAACUGACGGAUUAUAGGCCUAUUAGUUUAUGCAAUGUUUUGUAUAAAUUGAUCUCUAAAGUUUUAGCUAACCAGUUGAAGCUUAUUCUCCCUAACAUUAUUUCCCCCGAGCAAAGUGCGUUUGUCUCGGGUCGUUUGAUUUAUGACAAUGUCUUAGUGGCUUUUGAGACUCUCCACACUAUGGCUACCAGACUUUCGGGGAAGGAGGGGUAUAUGGCUCUAAAACUCGACAUGAGUAAAGCCUAUGACAGAUUGGAGUGGGACUUUUUGGAGGCUAUGCUCCGGAAGCUUGGAUUUGUGGACCGAUGGGUCAAUCUUCUGAUGAUGUGUGUCCGGACCGUGAACUACUCCAUCCUCAUCAACGGCAGGCCCUAUGGGAGGAUCGUUCCUUCGCGGGGCCUGAGACAAGGCGACCCUCUAUCGCCCUACUUGUUUAUCCUUUGA